AUGUUCAAAGUGAAAAUUUCUAAUCGUCAAUUCGACGCUCGUGGUGCUAUAUUUAAUCAAGCUUAUCGUUAUGACUAUCGUUACGGCAAUAAUUACGAAAAUCGUUACAAUCAUCGUUCUUCAAAAAGUUCUUACCCGAGUCCUAACUCUUCUGAUACGGAUAAUAUGAAACUUCCAUUUGAUAAUUCUUCUAUUAAACAACCUGAUCCAAAUAUCAUUAAACAAGUCAUCGACGAACUUGAUCCUAUUACUCUUGCAAAAAUUCAACAGCAAAUCUCUCUCCAGAUCGAAGACCUUAUACGUCCUGCUCGUAAAGUACGCAAAUCUGGUGUCCCUCGUCCACAAAAUUUAUUCGUCAUCUUUCGUAAAGAUUAUCAAGCAAGAUUAAUAAAGAAAGGUCAUGAUGUCGGUGCGCUUUUAGCACUUGUUUCAAAAGAAGCUUCUGAACAAUGGAAAAUUGUGGAUCAGUCUAUCAAAGACAUUUAUGAUGUAAUUGCUAAUAUGGCAAGAAAAGUACACGAAAGAACUUAUCCUGAUUAUGUCUAUAAGCCAAAAAAACGUCCUCAGAAAUCUACCUUGAACCGUACUUUCGGUCCUAACUUACUCAGUCAACAUAAUUAUCAACAUAAUUAUCAACAUAGUUCUUUUUCUCUAUAUAAUAAUUCCAACAAUUAUGAUAACAGUUAUGCAAACUGUUGUAUUGACAGUUGUGUUAAUAGUUGCAUUGAUGGUUGCGAUAACAGUUAUGCUAACAGUUAUGCUAACAGUUAUGCUAACAGUCAUGCUAACAGUUAUGCUAACAGUUAUGCUGACAGUUAUGCUGACAGUUAUGCUGACAGUCAUGCUGACAGUCAUGCUAACAGUAGUUGCGCAAACGGUUGCGCAAACAACAGUUUUGCUACACCGUCGAUCAAUUUUACCAGCUUUAGUAAGAAUCAAAACAUAGUUCCUCCGUCUCCUUCAACGACUUCUCAAUCUUCAACAAGUCCAAAAUUAGACCAUUUAUCUUGGAAUUAUGGUAUAAAUUCAUCAAAGAAAAAUCACGUUGAUGAUGGAACUUCUUUAUCUCCUCUUCAUGUCUUGUCCGUUUCUUCUACAGACAAUUAUGAUAAGAGAAUGUGUAGGUCAUUCGGCGGUCCACUUUAA